AUGAAGUACCUAGGUCUUGUGCUGGAUGGACGUUGGAACUUCAAUGAGCACUUCGAGCAGUUGGGCGGCAGACUGAUCAAGGCUGCUUCUGCUCUUGGUAGAUUAUUACCCAAUAUCAGGGGGCCGGCCUCGGCUUGUAGACGCCUCUAUGCGGGUAUUGUACGGAGUAUGGCACUGUACGGUGCUCCUAUCUGGAUUCACGCACUUUCGCCGCAAAACAAAAGACUGCUGAGGAGGCCGCAAAGAGUUAUAGCGGUGCGUGUUAUCCGUGGAUACCGAACAGUGUCAUGGACUGCAGCGACUUUAUUAGCUAGUGAUCCACCAUGGGAGCUACAAGCCGAAGUGCUGGCCGAGGUUUACCAGCAUAAGCUGGACAUAAGGUCAAGAGGCGAGCAGAUAACGUCGGAGGGAAUCAGUAGAGCGAGAUCCAUCGCUCAUUUGAGCCUGAUUCAGAGAUGGCAUGAAGACCUUGAGUCCUCUAAUGUGGGAAGCUGGACGGUACAAGGGAUUCGCCCACAUCUGGAGCGAUGGCUUAGGAGACGUCAUGGUCCACUGACAUUCCACCUUGUGCAGGUACUUACAGAUCAUGGUUGCUUUGGCAAGUACCUGAACAAGAUAGCGAGACGGGAGCCCACUCCGGGGUGUUGGGAGUGCGAUGCACCAGAAGAUUCGGCAUAUCACACAUUAACAGAGUGCGUGGCGUGGGCGCCGCAACGACACUCUCUGCUGGCGGCUUUCGACGGCGACAUUUCGCUAGUAAAUACUCGAUGA